GGCUUCGUCGAACUCCGCCAAUGGACAAAUUUAUUAUGCUCUGCCUAUGCAUUUCCAACACAACGUCAAGCAACUGUAAUUCAGUCAAAAGCGAGAUACCGUUUUGAACGGACGAAUAAUCGGCGAUCGUUACUCAAGCGAAACAAGUUGAAAGAUUAUUGAUAAUAAACAAAGUAGAAGCAGAAAUAAAGAAAGGCUAUUUAGAAUUCAUUAAAAAACAGAAUAAAGAAAAGAAAUCUAGCGGCAAAUUACGUGUCUGUUUUAAAAUACAUCUUAUUUAAAUUUUCUGUUUCUGUGUGCGUGCAACUGUCCACGAUAAUCUGGUGUUAGUGAAAAAAAAGAAUAAAAAUAAAAAAUAGAAAAAAUUCAAUCAAGCACAACAAAAUGACGAUAUGGCAAUAAAAAUCACAAAUUUAUUACAAAUUCAACGUUUACGAGUGUUAAAUAAGUGAAAUUAAAGAUGAAAUAAAAAAAAAAAACAAUAACAAGUUAAGUAGAUUUGUGAAAAGGUGUAGAAGUGCGGUAAGCAGAAAAAGCGAAAAAGGCAGAAGUCUGAAAAAAUCGAUGUCAAUAUGUGAGUUUCGAAAUUCAAGUGCGAAAUUUUGUGAAAUAUUGAAAUUAACAAGAGAUACAAAGGCCUAUAAAUAAAUAAAAAAAAAAUUUAUAUAUAUAAAAUACGAAAACGAGGUGAAAAGAGUUGUGACAUAAAAUUUGGAAAUUUUAAAAGUGUUACUAAAUCGAAGAAUAGCGUAAAUAAAUUGCGUUUUGCUAACGCCGAAAAAGGGGAUUUGAAAGCAUCCACAAAUUAGUUCAACGCUUGCAGCUGUGAAUUUUUGCAACCACAAAGAAUUAAUAAACAUUAAUUGGUGCCUUAUCAGUACUAAAGAUCAAGCAACUUCAAGCAGCAACAACAGCGAAUAAUACAUAAGUAACCACCAACAACUCAACUCACGCCAUAGUACCACUGCAGCAAUAUUUAAUACUUUUAAAUGUGUUACAAAAGCAGCAGAGUGAGGCCUUAGCGAUAUCGCAAUACUCGUACAAAACGCUGAUCGCAAUCACAUGCCAUGAUUACAAGAAUAGCAGCGACGUCAAAAGUAUCAUUAGAAACACCUACAUGUAACAGAUCUAAGUCAAGAGCAACAAUGCAACAACAUACGAAAAUAAUAACAAAUUCAACGAGCACAUCGAUACCAGCCGGUCAACUGAUCACAAUGCCACAUACAAAAACAAAUCGAACAGCAACAACAAUGCGUCGUUGUUGUUUGGCCGUCUUGCAAGUUUUAGUGCUCGUUUGUGCGCUGCCACCACCACUUCAGCCGCUACUGCCGGUGGCACUUUUGCCACCGCGGUGGUCAUUCGUCGUCGAAGCGUUACCGAUUACCUCGAAACCCAUCGAGGGCACCGCUGAAAAUCUUGCCUGGCAAGCGUGGCUGAUGCUGCCGCCCGAGCAGAAGCAGUUGGAGAAAUCGCGCAAAGUCACGCCGAAAUCGAUAUUUUCGCUGCCGUUUCGUGAUUGCCCGCCCGGCCAUCAGCUCUUCCAGUCGCGCUGUAUACCAACCGUGAACAUCAAUCAGAGUGAUUUGCUGACGCAGCAAGUGCUGGGCUUGUUUGUGGGCAAUGAGGGUACAGCAGGCAGCGAAAAUGCAUACGAAUUUGAUUAUGAGGACGAGGAGUAUGGAUUGGGAUAUGGUGAAGGCGAACCGGCGGUGAUGUAUGAGUCGGCACAGUCUUUCAACGCCGGCUCAGCUGCUGGGUCGGGGAAUGCACAGCAGCCGCCUGCACGCGAUGAACCGCUGAAAUUUAAUCUGUUUCAACAAAAGUAUCCAACAAAUGAUUACGAAGCGGAUGUUAGUAGUGGCGCGGUGGAAGGGAGUGGAGGUGCUCGACCAUUAAAUGAAAUGCUACCAACGAAUAUGUCUGAAGGCGAUCGCAUUGGUGGAGUUGCUAGCAUUGACAAUUAUGCAGGCACACCAUUUUUCAAUACCACACAGCUUCUAGAUGCGGUGCAGGGUUUUUUUCAAAGGCAUUCCGCGACAAGCAGCGGCAUCAUUAGCGCCAACACCACAACGGCUAAUGCCAACACAACCGACAACAAUCAUCGCAUUACCAAUGGAAACAGCACCAACAGCCACAGAGUGAGCGAUUUGCAUGCGGCUAGUAGCAACAUAUCGGCCUUUGCAGUCGGUGACAUCGAUGCGAUUAUAUUGUCGGCCGCGAGCUCAGGCAUAUCGGCAACAACGGUGAGAAGUAGUGGUGGUGGUGGUGUUGGUGGUAGUGCUGUUGGUGGUGACCUUGAACCGCACCGCAUAUCACUUUUCAAGGACGAUAGUAGUGUACAGCUGGUUACAACGGUAAUUGCCCAUUCGAACAGCAGCAACCACACAAGCAAUGAAGACGCAAUGCGCGCCAAUGAUGGAGAUUUAGUAGCAGCUGCACAACACCAACAAAACAGUUUUGCACAAUUUUUACGCGCCGAUGCGCUCUUGCCCUUGAGCAGUGUUGCUCCAUACAUUACAACAACAACAACGUCUACAUCGACAUUUAGAGCAGAUGCUGCUGGGUAUGCCACGAAAACACCGCCGCCGGCCACAAAAGAUGAACGCCCACGCAGCGUGACGCAGCAUAAUUCGGCUGAAGCCGCAACCAAUACCGAUGCGCAGGAGCUGAGCUUCACGACGACUACAGAAGCUGAAGGCACCACAAGCUUUCAAAUCGACGACACAACGGUGGUCGAGAAGAAUGCUGAGUUCGCCAGUACGCCGGACGACACUUCCUUACUGGAAGCAAUUUCGAAGCAGCAGCAAUUGGAAUUUCAGAAAUCGAAAGUAGAACCGGUUGAAGAUUUGGCGCCAAUAACAGCAACUACACCUAACGAGGAAACAACAAUAGCUGGCGACAGCACAACAAAAACCGAAACUACCAAAACAAUUGUAAACGAAACAGAUGAAACAACAACAACAACAACUACGACAACAAAACAAGCACUCGAAGUGAGCGAAAAAUCGGUAGAAACAACAACACGUGCAGAAACAACAACACAACCGUUACCCAAUGCAGCCGCAUUGCCAUCAAAAAUAGUCGCAACCACUACUGCAAAAACAAUUUUAACAACCACUCCAAACACGAACCGGUUGCGCAGUACUCCCGUCGCUGCCGUCGCACCAAUCCAAGUGGCAGCAGGUAAACAAGUAUCGGCCGCAGUCAACUCAGUUGCCCCUCAAGCAGCAAACAUAAUUGCCGGAGAGGAGACAGCAGCGUCAAGCACCGACAUCGUGAGUGAUGUGCCGAGGAGUGGCAACGGCGAUUUAGUGAAUGUCGUUGCUGCCAGCAGUAGCAUUAACAGCGACACCAAUAAUGACAACAAUAAGAAUAACAACAAUAAGGAAUCGCCAAUACGCAGUAAGACGGCGGAGGCAGCGGCAGCAACGAGUGAAAUAAAUAUCCAACAAGAAUUGCGAAUGAUUAAUGAAUUGGUGAAGGGCAAUCGACAGUUGGCCGCGACGAAAAUGCCAGCUAUAAAGACAACAGCAUCAACAGCAACACCAACUUCUACGCUGCCAACUGCAAUUGAACCAAAAUUGGAUUUGAAAAAAUCUGCAAAUGUAGUGGAGAAUGAACAGAAUGUGAGGCGCGUGGAAACGGCCGGUGAGGGUGAGGUUGAGGAGCGGCGUGAUGUUGAUGCAGCGACAAAAACUCAGCUAGCCGCAAUAACAGCUGAAGACAAAAUGCUGGACAAGACGUCCGUGUCCGUGACUGGUGGCAACGAAGACGAGGUUCUACAAACAACAACAGUAGCUGGUGGAACCACAACAGCCGCACCACAAGCACAGACAGCAACUAAAAUGGAAAUUGGCAGUACGCCAACAGAGGCCACAACUGUGGAAAACAUUAAAAUUGCGGCUGCGCUUGGUAAGAUCAUUGAGCUUGCGACAACAACAAGUGCACAACCUUAUUUCGAGACCGAGACCGAGACCGAGGCCACGGCGGCAAGCACAGAGGCAACCGGUGGGACACUUUGGUCGCGGAUCAUGCCUUUAUUUGGCUUUGGUGCCAUUCCACCGGCAGUGGAAGACGAUGCCGAAGUCGAAGACGAAGCCGAAGCUGAAGCAACAUCAGCAACAACCACAACAAUAGCAACUACGCCAGAGGAAUUUGCUGGAAGCUCUUCAUUUGGUAGUAUUAGUAGUAAUAGUAGUGAUAGUACACAAAAUAGUCACAGUAGUAGUAGUGUUAGUAGUAGUAGUACUUUAAGUGAUAUUAGUAGCGUUAGUGAGAAUGUUAAUAAUAACAAUAUAAUUAGCAAUAACAACAAUUUUGUUAGUCAUAGUCGUCGAAAUAGUAAAAUUAUACGAAUUGAUCAGCUAAGUGAUGAUAGUGUGCCAGCAGCAACAACAAACACGCUCGAAGAUACAGCAGCUACAAAUAUGUAUACAACAACAACAGCAACAGCCGAGGCGGAACAGUCGACCUAUUGGUGGUUACCAGCCAGUUGGCGUACCAAUCGGGACGCGAACAAAGAACAAUCGCUACUGUUCCGCCUGUGGUCAGCAUUUCCCGAGAGUCAAAUGAAAGCCAAAGUUAGAACAUAAACCCUUAACUUUCCUCUACAAGUAUAUAUGUAUGUACGUACCACCUGUGUGACCUGUGUAUAACGUGUACAAAAAAAAAAAAAAACAAAAACAAACAAAAAAUAAAUAAAUAGAGGAAAGUUGGCAAUUGAGCAAGAAAUUAGUGAACAAUUUUUUAGUGAAUUUUUUAAAAGCUUUUUUAAUACCAUUUCAAGGGUAGUGAAGCGGGCAAAGCAAAAGCUGUCAUUGAAAGGGGCGAGCUUUUUCCGAAGAGCACUCGUACAAAUUACCUACAUAUACCAAUAAACAAAGUUAAGUAAAGUAAAAAAAUAGAAAAUAAAAAACCAACAAUAACAAAGAUAUGUAUCAACAAAUUAACGCUUAGUAAUAUAGAGACCACUGAAAAGAACAAAAAUAGAACAUUUUUAAAUAGCUAAAUAGUACACAUCAUAACUUGUAUUGCGGAAAUUUGACGAGGGCACGAAUGAAGAGCGUUCGGUCGGAAGUUAGUGCAGGGAAAUGUGCGCCAAAGAAUAUUCUUAGGAAGUAAAUGGAUUUCACUUUUUGUAUGAGCAAAAUUUCAUUCAGUUUUGAAAGCUCAAACUCGACUAUAGCCGCUAAAGCUUUAACAUCGGGUAACUACUAUCACACAAAUUUUGGUUUUAUAUGGAGCCUGUGUGCGCGAAAGUUGGUAAAGAUAGGAGUAAGUACUUGAGUAUAAAAUUGACAGUAGAGGACUGGAGGAUCAAAAAAAAGAAUACAGCUAGCAAGGCAAGCUAGAAGAGUUUAGUAAGUCUCUCUUAAUGUGUGCUGCUCAAUUUUCAUAGCUCAAAGUUGGCAGAAUAUAGAGAUGAACUGCUUGAGAUUGUAGACAUUACCAAAGGCUCGUCGCUAAAUGAGUGAAUGGGGUUAGAGCAGCCGACUAGAGGAGGUUGAUGGGGCCGGAUGAUCCCUUAUAGUAGCUGAACUUUUUCGCUUUAAUGUGAGAAAGUAUAGAGACGAAGUACUCGAUUUUCAAAAUGUCGGUAUAUGGUCGUCUCUAGAUGGAUAAAUGGAGUUAGAGAUGUAAGCAAGAAAAAUUUAAUGCGUCCCGCUGAACUUUUAUAGUGUGUGCUGCUUUACUUCUCAUGGACCAAAGUUCGCAGAAUAUAGAGAUGAAGUGCUUGAGAUUCAAAAUAUUACCACAGGCUUUUUGCGAAAUGAGUAAAUGGGGUUAGGGAGGCAGCUUAGAGAAGGUUGUUGGUCCGGUGUUGCUUCGUAGCUUAAAUGAGAAACAAUAUAGAGACGAAAUGCUUGAAUUUCAAAAUAUUACAAUAGUAUGGACUCGUCUCUAGAUGGGUAAAUGGAGUUAGAGGGCUAGCUGGUAAAGUGUUGCAUAUCAAGCUGAACCCUCAUGGGUAGCGUUACUGAACAUUUAUACGUCAAAGCUGACGGCAUAUUGAGAUGAACCGCUUGAAUUUCAAAGUAUUUCUUUGGAACUCGUCUCUAGAUGGGUAAAUGGGGCUCGAGUGGUAAGCUGGAAAAGUUGAGUGGGGCCAGUUGAACCCUUAUGGACAGCAUUGCUAAACUUUUAUAGUUUAAAGUUAAUGGAAUAGAGAGAUGAAGUGUUUCAGAUUCAAAAUAUUAGUAUAAGCUCGCCACUAAAUUGGCAAAGGAAGUUAGGGAAGCAGGUUAGAGGAAACUAGUGAUCCCCGCUGAAUCCUUAAAGAUCUGUAGGGGGCAUCGCUGAAUUUUCAUAGCUUCAAGUUGUCGAAAUAUAGAGAUGAAGUGCUUGAGUUUCAAAACAUGAGCACAGUUUGGUCGCUAAAUCGUCCAAAUGGAGUUAGCAAAGCAGGCUAGAGGAUGCUAGUGAGUGGGUCCUGCAACGUCUACAUAGCGGGCGUUAAAUAAAUACUUUCAGCACUAGUGAAAACCUCUAAGGCACGCGCUGUAGUCCAUCUAAUGGCUUAUAGCUCUGAGUCAUAUAGUUAAACAACGCUGUGGCGGACAUGAGCGGCCAAGUAUGGUUACUUGUAGUUCUAAAUAAAGGAUUCAGGCGUACCAACUGUGCUUGACUUUGUUUUUCUUUUCUAAAAACAACUCCAGUAAGCGCUUUACGCAAUGGCAAUCCUAGCGUGUACCCUAAUUACGCAUAAAAAAAAAGUUUUAUGAAAACAUUUUAUUAAAAAAAAGAUGUUUUAUUAAAAAAUAUUUUAUGAAAAAUUUUAUUAAAAAAUAAUAUUUUAGAAAAAAAUUUUUUGAAAAAAAAUAUAUUAAAAAAAAAUAUUAAAAAAAAAUGUUUCAUAAAUUAAUUUUUUCAUAAAAUAUAUGUAUUUUUUUGAAGCAACAAAAGUUCUGUGAACUGAAUUUGAUAAGCCAGUACCAGGAAAUUAUUUUGAAAGCUACCAAAGUAUGGGCGCGCAUCAAAUACUCGUACAAGUAAAGACGAGAGGGCGUUUGGGUGGCGCGCGGAAUUCGCGCACACAAGUCGAGGUUGCCUGAUAAGCUUGAACAUUUUAAGAAAACAAAGUAAAAGAGUAAAAGAAGGGGAAAAAUAAAAAAAAGUAAUAAUACAAAAAAUAUAUGUAUUGCUGCAUAUACGAAACGUCGCUGUAUUGAUGUUCACUUGAAUGUAUUUGUAAUUUAUAGUAUAGGCCAUUGUUGCUGUUGUUAUUGUAUUGUUUUUGUUGCUGCUGUUAUAUUAAUUAAUCAUUUUACAUUAAAUACAUAACUGUAAUAUAAGAUAAUUAAAAACGCAUUAUUUUUUUUUAUUACAACUUUUUUGUUUUUGUAAGUCUAAGGGUAAAAUUUGAUUUCGUACGUAGUACCUAGUGUUGUAGUGUUAUUGUUGUUGCUGUUGCUGCUGCUGCUGCGCAUUUGCAGCUAAGGUUUCACAAGCUAGUAGUGCAUAAGUACACACAUACACACACACACAUACAUAUAUAUACCUACCUAAAUACAGACGUUUUUAUAAAACUGCACGCAUUUCGUAUGAGGUCAUUCGCCGUUUUGCAUUCCCGCCACCACAAAAUGAUUUGGGAAAAUUUCCAAAUGAUUUGAACAUCGUAAAGCCCACUCCAUUCUUUCCUUAAACAUAUGUACAUACAUACAUACACGCGUAUGUUUUGUCUUCCUCGUAUGAGUUUUUGCACACGUUCCAUUUUAAAUGCCGAAAGUACGCAUCAAUUCGUGCGCCCAGCAACUUGGCUGUCGCGCCCAAAUACUUGCGUGUAUUUCCAUGUUUCACACUUUAUCAAUAAUCGAACUUGGUUUUGUUUUUUAUAAAAGUUUUUUGUUUUCGUUUUUCUGCUCUGCGCGUUUUCUGUUGUACAGUGGCACAAAACGGCGAAUGCCAUUGCAAUAUUUACCAAUGUGAUGUAAUGCAAGUAUAAGCAAAUUAAUUUGUGUUGAUCGAAGAACACAUUUUUUUUAUAAAUUUAAAUGUAUCUGAUUUUGAUGAUUCGAUGUAUGUAAUUAUUUAUGCAAUUUACUAUGUAAGUUUGUAUGUAUUAGUUCUAAGCGAUAUACAUAAAUGUAAAUUAUUAACUACCAACUAAGUUUAAUUGUGUACAACAACUUUUGCAUGUGCAUAAAAGCGUAAUUAUUGUGAAAUUUUAAACAGAAAAAUAUUGUUAGUAACCGUCAUACUUAAAUUAUACUACACACACACACAUACAUAUAUAUUAUAUAUAAUCAAUAUUGUAAAAAACUAUAUAACACCAUUUUUUGUAUGUAUGUUUAAUAUGUUAGCGUAUGGCCGGAAUUGAGAUAAAAUUUCAGAUAAUAUAUACAGAUGAGUUUCAAAAAAUAGGAGCGCGAUAAAUUGCAAAGUUUUGAACAUUUUUUUUAACUUUUUUUUAUAAGAAAUUAUAGUUAAUACUGCAACAAAAACUGUAUAAAUUUAAGUUUCAAAUCGUGUGCAAAUUAAAAAAAAACAGAAAGAGGAGAAGAUGAACAAGAAAAAAACAAUACUGCAAUCUUUGAAAUUUUUUAAUUAUGGUUCAGAUUUUUUUCAAUAAAAAUUUGAAGGAAAAUUUGGAGUAUGCAGUUUUACAGCCCAUUAAAUUUUGGUGAAAUAAAGUGCAUGUUUGAAGAUGCGCAAAAAUCGCGCUGAUUUUUGAAAUUUUUUUGCUGGCGGUUGUGUAUAUUUUCUCCAUAAAAAAAAAAAAAUAAAGCAAUUAUUGUAUGGAAGGAAAUGCAACAAACUGAAUUUCUAACCACUUUAAGCUGUUACAAUGUGAUACCAAAAUUUAAUGGCCUACAGAACUGCAUACCCAGAUUUUUCCCGAAAAUUCUUACUAAAAGGUUUCAAAUUGUGAAAACAAUGUUGAAAAAAAAUUUGAAAUUUUUUUGACAAGUUUUUUUUGUAAUUUUUUUAUACCUCGCACAAAGUUUGAAAGUCUCAUUGAUAUGGUUUUUAUUACAGUAUAAACCAUAUUUUUCCAACAAAACACUAUAAAAAAAUUAUAAAAAAUAUGAAAAUAGUUAAAACUCUGCAAUAUGCCGCCCUGCUAUUAUUUUGAACUCAGCUGUAUAAUCUAAAGAUAUCUAAGGAUAUUCUAAAUAUUCACUCAACAUUCAAAUGGUGGCCUAUUAUCGAAACAAAUUAUUUUAUU